CUCUAAUAAGAUAUAUUACUCAUCCUUGGCUGUUCCUGAAAUUCCUUUUGAUAAUGAUGGAAUCUAAAGACGAAGAUUAUUGGAACAUUUCGGCGAACAAAUCGUUCAAUUUCGAUGAAGACGAUGUGGCUGUUUUAGACGUUCCAUGCUUCAACCGACGCAGUUUGUUCGGCGAAGACACCGUAUCAGAAGUCAACUUCUCGAAUGUGCAAAGUGAGCUUCUAUUAAAUUUCAUUAUAUCGGACGAGAAUUUAGCCGCUAUUUUGGAAGACCAAUCGAGGAAUGUCGUCGUGAUACCUAAGGGAGUGACUCUAGAGGAAGAGGUGAAACUAUUAAGAAAGAAAGUCCAGGAGACGAGCUUUGCUCCCUCGGUGGGUCCUAUAAUAGCGAGAAUGGUACUGGGAAAGCCUUGCUCGUUGGAAAUAUUUCGGUCGAUGUACGACAAGGAGACGCUGCUGGAUGAAGCGAUCAGCUCGGGGAAUGGGAACGCAAUCCUUAAAGUGGUUCUAUUUUUGGAGAAAACACUGAAGAAGAAACUGUUCUAUAGAUUACUGCAAACCCGCCAGGAAGCGGUUAAUCAUUACAUAAAUUAUAUGGCAACCCGACUCAAGGUUACUGAGUGUACAGAUUUAUUGGUUUUUCUUGGAAGGCAUCAUGAAGCAAGCCUGUUGCAAUUCUCGAUUUUUGUUGGAAACAUACCAAACAUUGAAUUCAAACGACAAAGAUUGAAAAAGAUCUAUAAUGAUUACUUUUCGCAGCCUGGUGCGAACACUUUUUACGCUCAACUCGUUGCGAACUACUUGAACCUUCUAGAUUUUCAACAAUCCCAGCAACUAACGAACGAUCAAUCAGUUCUGGAGAUCUUAUUUUAUAUUUGCAGUCGAUACAAAUGGGGCGACUCAUCUGUGCAAUCGUAUGAGAACCCCUUCAAACUAGCCGAAGCUCAUCAGGUAUCGCAAUCACAGCUCGAAUGGGUUGCGCUGAACGAACGCGCCAAAAGGCAAGCGUGGCUGGAUUUCGAGCAUAUUUUCGAGAAGAAAGCCUGGCUUAAUAUAAAGCAAAAGUCCUUUAACAUGCACAUUCCGAUCGAUAAGACGAUACUGCGAUUGUUCUCACUGCAUGCACCCGAUCCGGUGUUGAUUAGUUUUCUCAACAAAGUGGAAGACCCCGCACGUAGAUUAGCCCUAGCGCGGAACGUUAAGUCGAAGAAGGGAAUAAUCGACGCACUGGUGGGUUUAAAAGACCGAACCGAACUGGAAAACUAUCAAAAUACUCUUGCAGCGGGUACCGAAGAGAGAUUUUACGCGGAAAAUGCGUUAAAAACAUUUAAUAACAAAUGGAAAAGCGAUGCAAUCAAGCUGAUUAAAUGAAUCUAUUUUCAAGGAAAAAUAGACACAAACUGAUUCGUUUCAACGAUCUUCACUCGCAUCUAUCUACAUAUGGCAUUAGUUUCUAUUUCUGGGAAGCAUGUUUUUAUAUUACAAUAAACAGAGAAACAGUUUAAUGACAAUAAACCAUAAAAAAAAUCACUAUCCUGUGAACAGGGCAACUGAAAUGUUUUUUUU